AUGGCCCAAGCCCAGCAGGUUCUCAUCAGUGAGCUCAGCUUUGGCUACGAGGGGAGGAUAAACCAAGGUGACUCCCGCGGACAGAUCCCCAACUUUGCUCUCCAAGGCAGCUCCUACGGCCAACCGCAGCUCCUGUCGAACAAGGUGAUACUCACACCCGUGGCCCCCGGAAACCAGCGAGCAUCGAUCUGGUCGGAAAAGACGCUGGACGAGCCGGCGUGGGUGGCAGACGUGGACCUGCGGGCGACGGGCCCGGAGCGCGGCGGCGGCAACUUCAACAUCUGGCUGGCCAGGGACGGCAAGGCCUCGGUCGGUGACAAGAGCAUCUACACCGUGGGCAAGUUCGAGGGUCUUGCCCUGGUCAUCGACGCCCACGGCGGUUCGGGCGGCAUGCUCCGCGGCUUCCUCAACGACGGAUCCGUCGACUUCGGCGCCCGGUCAUCGGUCGACGAGCUGGCCUUUGGCCACUGCGCGUACUCGUACCGCAACCUCGGCCGACCCUCGCAGGUCAAGCUCAGCCAGUCGCGCGACAUGUUCCGCGUCGAGAUUGAUGGGCGCCUGUGCUUCCAGAGCGACAAGGUCAGUUUGCCGCGCGGGUACAACGUCGGUCUCACCGCCGCCACGCCCGACAACCCCGACUCCUUCGAGGUCUUCAAGCUCGUCGUCCUCUCCGACCGGAGCGGCGGCGGCAGCAGCAGCAAUGACAACAGCUACGGCUACGCCAACCCGGCCGCAAAAUCGGAAACCAGGUCUCGUAUCCAGCAGCAGCCCCCCAAGCGUAACUACAACGACGGUGGCAACGACAGCAAUCAGGGUGGCAGAAACGACGACAGUAACGAAGACGGCGACGACUCAUUCGACGACGUCAUCGAUCAGGACCCGGACAUCUUCCAGACCUCCAAGCUGCAGUUCCAGGACCUGCACAACCGUCUCCAGUCCACCCACCACCAGCUCUCGUCCGUGUACCGCUCCGUCUCCCGCCACCACCAGCUCGACGAGCAGCGCCACGCCGAGCUCAAGACGCUCAUCUCCAACCUGGGCGCCGACGUCGCGUCCAUCCGCUCCGACGUGGCCGCCAAGAUGGAGCGCGUCGAGGCCCUGGACCAGCGCUUCCAGAAGCUAGAGGGCGAGGUCAGGGGCGUGCGCAACGACGUCAGCCGCAAGAUCCGCGACAACGAACGCGCCUUCAAGGGCUACCUGUCCGACCAUCAUGCCACCCUGUCCCAGACCCUGCUCGACAGCAUGCCCAGCCACCGCAAGCUCUUUGCCCUGUUCGUCGUCGCCCAGGUCGUCCUCGUCGGAGCCUACCUGUUUUACAAGUAUCGCAAGGCCAAUUCACCAAAGAAGUAUCUGUGA